CCCCCGGCAGCUCCUCCGGGCUCUGGGCGGCGCCGCAGCGCGGUCGGCGGAAGGAAGCGCGGGAGCGGCGCUGGCCAUGGCGCUGCCGGGGGAGCUGUGGGCCGAGGUGCCGACCGAGAAGCGCAUCUUCUGCUCCGUGCUGCUCUUCUCGUGGGCCGUCUACCUCUGGGAGGCUUUCCUGGCGCACCGGCAGAGGCGAGUGUAUAGAACAACAACACAUGUACCCCAGGAAUUAGGACAGAUCAUGGAUUCAGAAACAUUUGAAAAAUCUCGUCUGUAUCAGCUGGACAAAAGUACUUUCAGCUUCUGGUCAGGCCUGUACUCAGAGAUUGAGGGCACUAUGAUUCUUCUCUGUGGAGGAAUUCCUUUUCUGUGGAAUCUGUCUGGUCAGAUCUCUGGUCGUGCUGGGUUUGGACCAGAAUACGAGAUUGUUCAGUCAUUGGUGUUUCUGCUGCUUGCAACACUCUUCAGUGCAGUGACUGGUCUGCCCUGGAGUUUAUAUAACACAUUUGUCAUAGAGGAGAAACAUGGAUUCAACCAGCAGACACUGGGAUUUUUUUUUAAGGAUGCAAUUAAGAAGUUUGUCGUGACUCAGUGUAUUCUGUUGCCAGUGACAUCCCUUCUGCUUUACAUUAUUAAAAUAGGAGGAGACUAUUUCUUCAUCUAUGCCUGGCUUUUCACAUUAGUUGUUUCCUUGGUGCUUGUGACAAUCUAUGCAGACUACAUUGCCCCUUUGUUUGAUAAAUUCAUUCCCCUUCCUGAGGGAGAGCUCAAGCAACAAAUUGAAAUAAUGGCAAAGAGCAUUGACUUCCCACUGACUAAGGUGUACGUUGUUGAAGGUUCAAAGCGUUCCUCUCACAGCAAUGCUUAUUUCUAUGGAUUCUUCAAGAACAAGAGAAUAGUUCUCUUUGACACCCUCCUGGAAGAUUAUUCUGCAUUGAACAAAGAGCCAGCAGAAGGAGAAGAUAGUGAGAAUGAAGAGACAAAGUCUAAAACCAAAAAUAAGAAGCAAGGAUGUAAAAAUGAAGAAGUUCUGGCUGUACUUGGUCAUGAAUUGGGUCACUGGAAACUGGGUCACACUGUCAAAAAUAUUAUCAUCAGCCAGAUGAAUUCCUUCCUCUGCUUCUUCCUGUUUGCUGUGUUAAUUGGUCGAAGAGAGCUCUUUGCUGCCUUUGGUUUCUAUGACACUCAGCCUACCCUGAUAGGCUUGAUGAUUAUUUUCCAGUUCAUUUUUUCACCUUACAAUGAGGUGCUCUCAUUUUGUUUGACUGUGUUAAGCCGACAGUUUGAGUUUCAAGCAGAUGCAUUUGCCAAGGAACUUGGGAAAGCUAAAGACCUGUACUCUGCUUUGAUCAAGCUAAACAAAGAUAAUUUAGGUUUUCCUGUUUCUGACUGGAUCUUUUCCAUGUGGCAUUACUCCCAUCCACCCCUUUUAGAAAGACUUCAGGCCUUGAAAGAUAAAAAGCAACAGUGACAGGAAUCACUGCUGGUUCAGAGACAGUGCUUCCAUCUCAGAAGCAAAGUUCAGAGCUGCUUUUUAAUUUCUUUUUAAAAACUGAUAAUGCCAACUAAGUGCAAUAUUAACAGCACCACAGAUCUAAGAAUUCUGAAACAGGUAUGAUAUUAUAAAUGACUUUUUUUUUAAAUGAAAAUGAAACUGUGGAACCUAAUUUAGAAAAAGUACUAGGUGGAGACCUUCUCCACACAGACACUGGCUUUUAUCACAGUAUCACAGUAUCUGUAAGACUGUAAAGGGAGGAAAACAAAUGUGUAGACUUCAAAGCACCUGUUUCUGCAGGUUGGAUAUGCCUUGGACAUUGCUAUUGAUCCUCUCCCAUCCUCAGCAUUCUGUGAGCUUUCCCAUUCUCAAUCCUCUUCACAAUGGAUAUGGUUUGAUUUACUUGAUUUCAUGUAUAAUAACAUUAGUACUCACCAUUCACUUUUGUGUUUUUAAAAGGUAAAUGCAAGUGCAGGCCUUUCUCCUGGAUUCAUGUCUGUCAUCAUUGAAAUGCUACUUAAUAAAACCUUCUUUAUCUGAAA